GCGGAGAUCAGCGAGUCGCUUCUGUCGGUGUCGCCGGUCUCGGCGCCCACAAGGACGGGUGUGAUUCCCCUUCGCGCCUCGGUGGGUCUGUUUCGGUGACGUCUGUGGUGGCUGACGAAACAUGUUUCGAUAGGGAGCGAGAGAGGAAAUGACUACAACUCCCAGAAGGCCCCAAUGAUGACGUUGUGGUGUUGUUUCGGGCUUUCCCACCACAGAUGUAAGGCUCAAUGGUCUAUAAUUAUCGGGACUAUCCCUACUACCCUUUUUGAACAAGGGGACAACAUUCGCCUCCCUCCAAUACUCCGGUACAAUUCCGGUGGACAAUGAGGACAUGAUGAUCUUCGCCAGAGGCUCAGCAAUCUAUUUCCUUGCCUCGGAUGCAGAACUGGGAAGUGGCAGAUGGAGUUCAACAGAGAUGAAGAGGUUUAUUUCUGCAGGUCAAAUUAGAUUUACAAGGAUGUUGCUCUUGGAUUGGAGGAGGCAGCUUUUUUCGUGAACACAGUUCUUAAAUAUUCUCUCUCUCUUCGGCUGUCACUCAGAAUCCAGCUCCAGCCUCUUAAAGUGACACUCGGAGUUAAGGAAACAGGAGCUGGUAACAGGUGUGUCGGUUGCUUUGGGGUGCACACUGGCUGGAGGGUAGAAGGUGGGUUUUUCGGUGAGCACAGAUUUGUGGGUGCACACCGAUUUUCAGAUAUGUGAAGAGUGGGUGUGUUGGCGGAUUCGGGGGUGCACACUGACUGGAGAGUUGAAUGUGUUUUUUUUCGGUGAGCACAGACUUGUGGGUGCACACCGAUUUGCAGAUAUGUGAAUAGUGGGUGUGUUGACCGAUUCGGGGGUGAACACUGACUGGAGGGUUGAAUGUGGGGUUUUUUCGGUGAGCACAGAUUUGUGGGUGCACACCGAUUUGCAGAUAUGUGCAUAGUGGGUGUGUUGGCGGAUUCGCGGUGAACACUGACUUGGGGGAACCGGUGGAUUUCGAGGUGUUACAAAUCUCAUGGUUUUUCCCUUUAUACGGACUUCAAUAAUAAAUGCAAUAUGAAAUUUGACCUCUGUUUUUGAUUUUUUUUUAAUGGAGACAGCCAUUCCGUGAAAUGAUUCUUGCACUUAAUGUGUAUGUGGGGCUGUGUGUAGAUUUGGGGCUGUGACGAGUCUCAAGGCAAAUUUACACUGGCAGCAUAUUCAAUUGAUCCCAACCUUUGUUGAGACAGUUGACUCCCACAUAUGGUCUAAAUAUGAAUUCAAUAAUGUAAUCACAAUCUCUCACCGUGGGCAUUGCGCCGGUCAGACGUUAUCAGGUGAUAAGCCGGUGAAAUAUCCGGUCACCUUGGGGCUUCAGUUCAUUAAUAAAGCCGCGUCCUGAGCACACGGCAGAGGCGGCCGCAGUGUCUCCGGUCCGGGCUCCAGAUCCUCACAUUCACCGCCUCAUCUCCCAGGUGUUUCCAAGCUGAGGACAUGUUCGGCACAGCACCUCCUGUUUUGUGCCAGAGGUUUCGAUGUUUAUUCCCGGGCGGAUUGUCCCAUCGAUCGGCAGCUCCGGGCAGUUACCAGAGUGUGCGUGGGGGACGGGGCAAAGCACCGGCCUGGAAACUCGUUACCUCAUUGGAUCGGUCAGGUGGCAGUCACAGAAUUACUCCUGAAUGCCGCUCGCCCAUUGGUCUGCAAAUAUGCCCAUCAGUUCCCAUUCCCUCCCACCGAACUCGCAGCCCGACGUUGCCAGAAAGUGGCGGAGAUCUAGUCGACACGUACAAACAAGCUGGAGGAACUCAGCAAGUCGGGAAGCAACAUUUCGUUCCGAGACCCUUCGUCAGGACCACUUUGAUGGCGACGGUCUUGCCGGAUGCUGGUUGGCUAAUCCAUUGUCAAUCACCUCAGUCUCCGCCUUCUCCUUGAAUAAUUGGCUGACAUGGAGAACGAGGGCGGGGUUUGUAUAAACGGCAGCGGACACUCCAAUUUAAAACCUCAUUCCGGACACGAACUGGACAUAGUGUGGUGUAGAGAAUUGGGACAUAAAACCCUCACUGCUUCCUUUUUCAAAUGAAACCUAAAUUACUCCCCAAAAGUCCUAUAGUUUGUACGUAACAAAACACAAUAGCUUGAGUUAAAUUAAAAUUAUUGCCAUUUUUAAAUGAAAACUACAUACCCAGAAUGAUGCUUCCCAACACGAACAAAGGAAUACAGUAAUUAGGCAUAGUGUGUCAAAUUCUAAGUCGUGUCAAUGUAAUUCUUUAUCUUCUUGUUUCAUCCACAAACUUCCAUAAACACAACAAGUAUGUAUUCUGUAAAGGUGUCUGCAUUGAUGCCCUUUAUCCCACCAAUCUUGAUUUAAUUAUUAAUCCAACAACCCCUUAGCUUCUGAUGUGCUUGUUAGAAUUUUAACAGCUUUUGUAACUGAUCCGCUGUGUGCAGGGACCCAUAAGAAGUGGAAAUAUAAACCAAUACUCUGCGUAUGAAAUAACGUCUGAUGCGUUUGAUUUCCAACAGUAAAUCUGUUCUACUGCAAGAAUACCGGUUUGAAGACUCAUCAAAACCGAACAGGCAUCUGAACAAAUUACAGCUUUGUGUCACACUUAAACAACAGGCUGGUAUAUGUCUAGGGGAAAAGGAGAUCCAGCCACUCACCAACCCCACCUCCCGUACACACAGGUGCUGUGAGAAUCAAGUUUAUGCCUCGUGCCCGCACACAGUAUCAAAUUCACACCAGAUACCGUUAUGAAAUACACUUUAAAGAGUUUACUAAUGUUACGUACUCGUGACACAUGACAGUGGAGCCCUUUUCAUGUGACUGGGGUUGAAGCUGUACUGGACUUGAGGUGAUGAUCUUGUGAUGGUGGAAUGACGUCAUUUUCCCGCCAGUAGAGAUCAUGUGAUGGGUUUUUUUACAGGUUAUAAAAGGUAGACCCCACCCUGUGAGGAGGGGCAGUUCGUGGCUGGAUUUGCCAGGUUGACUUCAUGCCACUGCGUGUUUGAAGUGAUGACGCAGUUUAGUUGAAGGAUGAAGUUUUUAUUUAAUGCCUAAAGUUUAAAAGGUUAAUGCCAACAGGUUCUUUAUGAUUCUGUUAGUUUGAGAAUUAAAGGAGAGUGAAGAUUCAAGGUUGGAAGUUAAAGAUCGAGGAGAAUCGCUUUCUACGGUGAAACGGGGGCGACCUUUGUUUGAUCCUUAUUUGGAAGGAUUUCGUUGACUAUCUUCGUGUUAAUCCCUGGGAUUACCAGAAAGGAUUGAAGGUAGUGGAGAAGGAAAGGUCAGUGCCUUUAAGCCGUUCUGUUUCGUAAAUUCUUCGUGGGAAUUUCGACGUCGGGAAUCGAAGCAAGCGACGUGAAAGAUAACUUAAAUCGUCCUGUAAAGUCUCUCCUUUUAAAUGGACUGUGAGCAUAUCGAACUUUUGGCAAUAUCACUUUAAAGAACUGUUUUGGAAUAUCACUUUACGAACUGUUUGAACAGCCGCUCAGCAGCUGUUUCCGGUUACGGUAGUGUUUGUUUACUUUUGGGGGGUUUGUUUUCUGUGUUUAAUAAACGUGUCGUUUGUUAUAAGAAACCCUUGCCGAACUCAUAUAUUUAUUGUUGCCUGAAUACGUAACAUUAAAUAUGGGGGCUGCGUCGGGAUUGAAUUUUUUGAGUUUAAAUGCUUGCUAACUUUUAAAUCGGUGUUUUGGAAACGGGGAUUACUCGGUUCUUUUGUUUGGCUUGUUGUGGUAUUCGGCAGCAAUGAAUAUUGAUGAGUUUCUGGCUUCGCCAGCUGCAGAGGUGUUGGCGAAGGGGAAGAAAACUGGGGUGUUUGAGAUAGCUAGUAGAUUGCGACUUAAAGGUAUUUUGCAGACGACUUCUAAGGCUGUAAUACAGAGGAAAAUCGCGUCACACUAUGUGGAUUCGGGUGUUUUUGAUGAAUCGAUUUUAGAGUCGUUUCAAAUAAGUAAUCUGGAGAUGCAGUUGCAAAUCGAACAAAUGAAAUUGGAGAGGUGUAAAUUGGAGGCAGAACAAAAGCAGAGAGAAUUUGCAUAUGCAAUGGAGGAAUUAAGGACUGGAAAUCAGUCUUCUGGUUCUAAAAAAACGUUUGUUGCUAGUCAAGAAAUUAAAUUGGUCCCUCCAUUUAGUGAAACAGAAGUGGAAAGGUAUUUUCAACAUUUUGAAACUAUUGCUCUGAUGUCAGAGUGGCCGAAAGAUAAAUGGUCAGUGUUGUUACAGAGUGUAAUUAAAGGCAAAGCACAACAAGUUUACACAGCUUUAACAGCUGCACAAGCUCUUGAUUAUGAUAUUGUAAAGAGUCAUAUUUUAAACGCGUAUGAGUUAGUCCCAGAAGCAUAUAGGGAAAGAUUCAGAAGUUUGAAAAAGUCUGUGGAAAAAACUUAUGUGGAAUUUGCCUAUGAUAAAGCUAUGUGUUUUGAGAGAUGGGUUUCUUCUAAAAAUGUAAAUGGGGACUAUGAUACAUUGAGAGAGCUGAUUUUAAUGGAGGAAUUUAAAAGAAGCAUUCCUGUUGAAGUAAGGACCUACUUAAAUGAGAAGGAUAUUGAUAAAUUGCAGGACUGUGCUAGAUUAGCUGAUGAGUAUGUUUUGAUCCACAAGAACAAAUUUCCUCAGGGCAGAAUUUUUAAGAGGAAAAAUAACAUGGAGACUCCAGGUAAAUCUGAAAUUAAAUCGGAGGUUAAUGAGAAAGUUAAUGAGAAAGGAAAGCCAGUGAAGGAAAGACAGUUUGGUCUUACUUGUAACUAUUGUAAGAAGCCUGGCCAUGUAAUAGCUAACUGUUUCAAAUUGAGAAAGAAAGAGAAGGAAGCAGUUCCAGAUGCUUGUGUGCAACAUACUGAAGCACAUGUAAAGUUACAGGGUUUGAUAAAAACAAAUGAGGCUUUGUUAGAGUCUGACCAAGUUAGAAAGGGAUAUGAUCAUUUUGUAACUGAAGGGUUUGUAUCCUUGAAGGAAGGAUCUACUCUAGUGCCAAUAAAAAUCCUUAGGGAUACUGGUGCUUCUCAGUCACUGAUGUUAGACAGUGUGUUGAAGUUUAAUGAAGAGUCUGAUACUGGUGAGGUAAAUUACAUAAGAGGUGUUGGAAGUGAUUUUAUGCCUGUACAUUUACAUAAAGUAAAUUUAAAGUCAGGGUUAGUUACAGGAUUUGUUAAAGUAGGAUUACAGCAUAGCUUACCUGUGAAGGGUAUUUCUUUAUUGUUAGGUAAUGACUUGGCAGGUGGACAAGUUUUUCCUGAAGUGAAUUUGACAAUGGAGUCAGAGGAACCAGAGUUGAAUUCUAACACAGAUUCUUCCUGUGUUGUGACUAGAGCUAUGGCUAAAAAGAUUGAUGCGCAGAAUGAGGUUGUUAUUCAGGACUGUUCAACUCAGGAUUCGAGUUUUGAGGAUGUGUCAGAGACUUUCUUAUCUUCGUUGUUUGAACAAGAUUCUGGGAGUAAGUCUGACUAUAAAAAUUUAUCUUUGUCUAGGAAGGAGAUGAUAGCAGAGCAGAAUAGAGAUUCUGAGAUUAUAAAAUUAAAAGAGCAGGUUUUACUAGAUAGUGAAAUUGAUAAAGACGCUAGGAUGAGGAUGUUUAAGCCUGGAGAUAAGGUGUUGGUUCUUUUCCCAGUGCAGACAAAUCCUUUACAAGCUAGAUUUCAUGGUCCUUAUGAAAUUGUGUCUAAAAUUAAUGAUGUGGAUUACGUGGUGAAAACUCCAGAUCGUAGAAGGUCAACACAACUUUGCCAUAUAAAUAUGUUGAAACCAUAUUUUGAGAAACAAUCUGAUACAGUGACUGUUGUGGUUAGUGAGAAUGAGUUUGAUUUAACUAGGAACGUGAUAGAUGAUUCAUCUGACUUUCAUUCUAAAUCCAACAUUGUUUCGGUUAGGUUACCAAAUUCAACCAUUCUGGAAAAUAUUGAUGAAAAAUUAGCACAUUUACAGUUAGAUCAGAGACAACAGAUGAAGGAGUUGAUUUUUAAAUAUAGGGAGUUGUUUCCAGAUGUUCCGGGAAGGACUUCUAUAGCUUCACAUGAUGUAGAUGUUGGCGAUGCCAAACCUAUUAAACAACAUCCAUAUAGGAUGAACAAGGAAAAAUGUGAACUUGCUGAGAAAGAAAUUGAAUAUAUGUUAGAGAAUAAUAUCAUUAGACAUUCUAACUCGAAUUGGAGUUCGCCAUGUGUUAUGGUACCAAAGCCAGAUGGUAGUAUUAGGUUUUGUACGGAUUAUAGGAAGGUGAAUGCUGUAACGAAAACAGAUGCAUAUCCAAUUCCUAGAGUAGAUGAUUGUGUAGAUAAAGUUGGAAAGGCAAAGUUCCUUACAAAGAUUGAUUUAUUGAAAGGGUAUUGGUGUGUUCCAUUAACGGACAGAGGUAGAGAGAUUUCUGCAUUUGUAACUCCAUCUGGGUUAUAUGAGUAUAAUGUUCUUCCAUUUGGGAUGAAGAAUGCCCCAGGUACUUUCCAGAGGAUGAUUAACUUUGUGAUUCAGGGAUUGAAAGAUACUGAUGCUUAUAUUGAUGAUUUAGUGACAGGAAAUGAUACUUGGGAAGCACACAUUAUUGCGAUGGAGAAAUUGUUUGAAAGGCUUUCAAAAGCUAACUUAACUAUUAAUUUAGCUAAGAGUGAAUUUGGACAUGCCACUGUGACUUACCUUGGUUAUGUUGUGGGUCAAGGUAAGGUAGCUCCUGUUCAGGCAAAAGUUCAGGCAAUUUUAGAGAUUCCCACUCCAACGGGGAAAAAGACUCUCAGAAGGUUUUUGGGAAUGGUAGGAUAUUAUCGGAAAUUUUGUAAGAAUUUUGCUAAUGUUGCCCUUCCAUUAACUAACCUUCUGCGGAAAAAUGAGAAGUUUGUAUGGACGGUGCCUUGUCAAGAAGCAUUUGAAAAAUUGAAAACAAUGAUAUGUCAACAACCUGUGCUUAAGGCACCUGACUUUGGAAAACCUUUUUCAUUGGCUGUGGAUGCUAGUGAUGAGGCUGCAGGAGCAGUAUUAAUGCAAAGGAAUGAGGGGAAUGAGCUUGAUCAUCCAGUAGCUUACUUUUCUAAGAAAUUUAAUAAGCAUCAAAGAAAUUAUUCGACAAUAGAGAAAGAAUUGUUAUCUCUUGUUUUAGCUUUGGAAUAUUUUGAGGUAUAUGUUAGUACAACUCAGAAACCACCUAUUGUUUACACUGAUCAUAAUCCGUUAGUUUUUCUGAGUAAGAUGAAAAACAAAAACAGAAGGUUAUUAAAUUGGAGUUUGAUGUUACAAGAGUACAAUAUUGUGAUAACUCAUAUUAAAGGUAAAGAUAAUGUGGUUGCUGAUUGUCUAUCUCGAUGUUGAAUGUACACUGUAAUUUUUUUUAUGGAGUGGUUUUUUUUCAAUUGUAACACUCCUACUGUAUUGUGACUUAUAAGCUGUUAUAUGAUGGUGUUGUGUAUUGUAUAUGUUAUAAAAUUUAUACCUUUGUUUUUCUUGUAAGCAAUUGGUAAAAAUUUUUGUUCUUGUCAGACCAAAAAUGUUUUUUUUGGAGGGAGGUGUUACGUACUCGUGACACAUGACAGUGGAGCCCUUUUCAUGUGACUGGGGUUGAAGCUGUACUGGACUUGAGGUGAUGGUCUUGUGAUGGUGGAAUGACGUCAUUUUCCCGCCAGUAGAGAUCAUGUGAUGGGUUUUUUUACAGGUUAUAAAAGGUAGACCCCACCCUGUGAGGAGGGGCAGUUCGUGGCUGGAUUUGCCAGGUUGACUUCAUGCCACUGCGUGUUUGAAGUGAUGACGCAGUUUAGUUGAAGGAUGAAGUUUUUAUUUAAUGCCUAAAGUUUAAAAGGUUAAUGCCAACAGGUUCUUUAUGAUUCUGUUAGUUUGAGAAUUAAAGGAGAGUGAAGAUUCAAGGUUGGAAGUUAAAGAUCGAGGAGAAUCGCUUUCUACGGUGAAACGGGGGCGACCUUUGUUUGAUCCUUAUUUGGAAGGAUUUCGUUGACUAUCUUCGUGUUAAUUCCUAGGUUUACCUAGAAAGGAUUGAAGGUAGUGGAGAAGGAAAGGUCAGUGCCUUUAAGCCGUUCUGUUUCGUAAAUUCUUCGUGGGAAUUUCGACGUCGGGAAUCGAAGCAAGCGACGUGAAAGAUAACUUAAAUCGUCCUGUAAAGUCUCUCCUUUUAAAUGGACUGUGAGCAUAUCGAACUUUUGGCAAUAUCACUUUAAAGAACUGUUUUGGAAUAUCACUUUACGAACUGUUUGAACAGCCGCUCAGCAGCUGUUUCCGGUUACGGUAGUGUUUGUUUACUUUUGGGGGGUUUGUUUUCUGUGUUUAAUAAACGUGUCGUUUGUUAUAAGAAACCCUUGCCGAACUCAUAUAUUUAUUGUUGCCUGAAUA